GGCCGCAGCCCUCCCCGCCCCGCCGCCCGCGGUCACACACUCGGAGCCUCCCCGCUAGCGGGAGCGCGGCGCACGGCGAUGCGCCGAGGCGGGCGCUGAGGCGGCACCGCGCGAGCAGCAGCGGAGGCGGCGGCGGCCCCCAGCCCAGCCCGGCGCCGCCGCCGAGCCCGGGCCCCAAGGUGCGGCGGCGCCCCGAGUUCCCGCCAUGAGCAGCCGGCUCGGGGGGCUCCGCGGCCCCGGGGACUCCCGCCCCGCCGAGCGCGACCGCAGCGUCCCACGGCCCCGACGCGCCUAACGCUGCCGCUCGCCGGUCCCGCCACCGCCGCCGCCGCCGCUGCCGCCCGCGUCCCCGCCGCCUCCUCGGCCGCCGCAGCGCCUCCAGCAGCAUGUCUCGAAGGAAGAUUUCGUCCGAGUCCUUCAGCUCUCUGGGCUCCGACUACCUGGAGACCAGCCCGGAGGAGGAGGGGGAGUGCCCCCUGUCUAGGCUCUGCUGGAACGGCAGCCGGAGCCCGCCCGGGCCGCUGGAGCCCAGCGCGGCCGCCGCCGCCGCCGCCGCCCCGGCCCCGGCUCUCUCUGCCGCCGCCGCCGCCGCCACGGCCGGGGCCAGGAGGGCGCAGCGCCGGAGGCGGGUCAACCUGGACUCGCUGGGCGAGAGCAUCAGCCGCCUGACGGCGCCCUCGCCUCAGACGAUACAGCAAACUCUCAAGAGGACAUUGCAGUAUUAUGAGCAUCAAGUUAUUGGUUAUAGGGAUGCAGAAAAGAAUUUCCACAAUAUCUCUAACAGAUGCUCCUAUGCAGACCAUUCCAACAAAGAGGAAAUUGAAGACGUCUCAGGAAUUCUUCAGUGUACUGCUAAUAUCCUAGGUUUGAAGUUUGAGGAAAUUCAAGAAAGAUUUGGUGAGGAGUUCUUUAAUAUAUGCUUUGAUGAGAAUGAGCGAGUCCUUCGAGCUGUAGGUGGCACGUUGCAGGACUUUUUUAAUGGCUUUGAUGCUUUGUUGGAACACAUUAGAACUUCUUUUGGAAAACAGGCCACUCUGGAGUCACCAUCUUUCCUAUGCAAAGAGCUCCCCGAAGGUACUCUCAUGCUCCACUACUUCCACCCCCACCAUAUUGUGGGGUUUGCAAUGCUGGGGAUGAUUAAGGCUGCAGGAAAGAAGAUCUAUCGGCUGGACGUCGAAGUGGAACAGGUUGCAAAUGAGAAGCUGUGCUCUGAUGGUGCAAACCCAGGCAACUGUAGCUGUCUUACUUUCCUUAUCAGAGAAUGUGAAAAUACUAAUAUCACGAAGAACCUUCUACAGGGAACCUCCCAAGUUCCUGCGGACCUCAGAAUUAGCAUCAACACCUUCUGCAGAGCCUUCCCUUUCCACUUGAUGUUUGACCCCAACAUGUCAGUCCUUCAGUUGGGGGAAGGCCUAAGGAAGCAGCUCCGAUGCGACACUCACAAAGUGCUCAAGUUUGAGGACUGCUUUGAGAUUGUGUCUCCCAAGGUUAAUGCCACCUUUGAAAGGGUCCUGCUGCGCCUGUCUACCCCGUUUGUGAUUAGAACAAAGCCUGAGGCUUCUGGCACUGAAAAUAAAGACAAGGUGAUGGAAGUCAAAGGACAAAUGAUCCAUGUCCCAGAAUCAAAUUCCAUUCUAUUUUUGGGCUCUCCAUGUGUGGACAAGUUGGAUGAACUCAUGGGCCGAGGGCUGCAUCUCUCAGACAUCCCCAUCCAUGAUGCCACCCGAGAUGUUAUUUUGGUUGGCGAGCAGGCCAAGGCCCAAGAUGGCUUGAAGAAGAGGAUGGAUAAAUUAAAGGCAACUUUAGAAAGAACUCACCAGGCCCUGGAAGAAGAGAAAAAGAAGACAGUGGAUCUUCUAUAUUCUAUUUUCCCUGGCGAUGUAGCCCAGCAGUUGUGGCAAGGGCAGCAAGUGCAGGCCAGAAAGUUUGAUGAUGUCACCAUGCUCUUUUCAGACAUUGUUGGCUUCACAGCCAUAUGUGCCCAGUGUACUCCCAUGCAAGUGAUCAGCAUGCUGAAUGAACUGUACACCAGAUUUGACCACCAGUGUGGAUUUUUGGAUAUCUAUAAGGUGGAAACAAUAGGUGACGCAUACUGCGUUGCAGCGGGGCUCCACAGAAAAAGCCUCUGCCAUGCUAAACCCAUUGCUCUGAUGGCCUUGAAGAUGAUGGAACUUUCAGAAGAGGUGCUGACACCCGAUGGAAGACCAAUUCAGAUGAGGAUAGGCAUUCACUCGGGCUCUGUGCUGGCUGGAGUUGUUGGGGUGAGAAUGCCACGUUAUUGCCUAUUUGGAAAUAAUGUCACUCUGGCAAGCAAAUUCGAGUCAGGAAGUCACCCUCGGCGCAUCAAUGUCAGCCCAACCACUUACCAAUUAUUAAAACGCGAAGAAAGUUUCACAUUCAUUCCUCGGUCCCGUGAAGAGCUUCCAGAUAACUUUCCAAAGGAAAUCCCUGGGAUCUGCUAUUUCCUCGAGGUAAGGACUGGGCCAAAGCCGCCAAAGCCUUCUCUUUCUUCAUCAAGAAUAAAAAAAGUUUCCUACAACAUCGGCACCAUGUUCCUCCGGGAGACAAGCCUCUGAGACCUGCUGCAGAUCAAAGACUCCUCCAAAAAGCACAAGCCCAGAAGAUGGGUCACGACAGGAGAGUGGAAAGAGAUUGUUUCUCUUUCAGUGAGUGCUUUGUUGAAAACAAGCAGCGGAAUUUCUGUGUUAUGUCAGGCAAUAAUCAUAGAAAAUGUGGGUGACUGCUGUCAAUACAAAAGCUGGAGCAUGAGGGGAAAUAAGAUAUGUCCAUUCAUGAGAGUGUUUUUGGUCAUAUGUAUACAUAUAUAUAUUUUAAUUACAAGUAUGGAUCCCCUUUCAAAACUAACCAAGAAAUAGAUUCUGUUUUCUUGUUUGUCACACAUACAAGUAUCUUUCCAUAUAUAUUUGUACCACUUUUGAGAGCC